UCCUCCUCCUCCUCCUCGGUUGCAGCUUACAACUCAAGUGUGCACAGGGAAAACAUAAGAAAUCUGCUUUGAGAAUGAAUCUGGAAAGUAAAAAGAUUGCAGGCAUAUAGCAGAUCUUAGCAUGGCAAAACGGGAGGUCAUUUGAUUUAGUGGCAUCUGCAGCUCCAAACUGUGAUCUUUAUGUUUUCUUAAUAUUUGUUUUGAUUUUUUGCAAUGUGCGAGGGAUGGAUGUGGGAUGGAUUCCGGUUUGUUUUCGCCAUGGACACAAGGACGGGCAAGUUAUCAGCAUGAAUUACUGAGGCCAAAAAAAAACUUGAUCUCAAUGUUAAAUUCAAAUUCGGAGGACUGACCAUGGUGAAAAGGACGGGACUGUUGUUUUCACUGGUGUGCUUUAUGGGAUGGCUUUGGCUCACUUCACAGCAGGUCCUAAGAAUUGGGGGCAUCUUCGAGACCCUUGAGAAUGAGCCCAUUGGCGUUGAAGAACUAGCCUUUAAAUUUGCUGUAACCAACAUAAACAGGAACCGGACCUUAAUGCCAAACACCACGCUGACCUAUGACAUUCAGAGAAUAAACCUGUUUGACAGUUUUGAAGCCUCCAGAAGAGCAUGCGACCAGUUGGCUCUGGGAGUUGGUGCUGUGUUUGGUCCAUCUCACAGCUCAUCAGUCAGCGCCGUUCAGUCUAUUUGCAACGCAUUGGAAGUCCCUCACAUCCAGACUCGCUGGAAACACCCCUCGGUGGACAACAAGGACAGCUUCUACAUUAACCUCCACCCUGAAUAUGCCUCUAUAAGCAGAGCCGUGCUAGACAUAGUGCAGUUCUACAAGUGGAAAGCAGUCACUGUUGUCUACGAGGAUGCAACUGGCCUGAUUCGUUUGCAAGAGUUGAUCAAAGCUCCAUCCAGAUACACCAUCAAAAUCAAGAUCCGGCAGCUUCCAUCAGGAAGCAAGGAUGCCCGUCCGCUGCUGAAAGAGAUGAAGAAGGGGAAGGAGUUCUUUGUCAUCUUUGACUGCUCUUACCAAACAUCAGCUGACGUCUUAAAGCAGAUCCUGUCCAUGGGAAUGAUGACGGAAUAUUAUCACUACUUCUUCACCACAUUGGACUUAUUUGCCCUUGACCUGGAGCCCUACCGCUACAGCGGGGUCAACAUGACGGGAUUUAGGCUGCUCAAUGUGGACAAUCCUAAAGUGGCUUUAGUUCUGGAGAGGUGGGCCAUGGAGCGACUGCAGGCUUCCUCCAAGGUCGAGACGGGAAUGAUGGAGGGAAUGAUGACAACCGAGGCGGCUCUGAUGUAUGAUGCUGUUUACAUGGUGGCUGCUGCCUCACAACGCACCGCGCAGCUCACCGUCAGCUCCCUGCAGUGCCACAGACACAAACCCUGGCGCUUCGGGUCGCGCUUCAUGAACCUGCUCAAAGACACACAGUGGGACGGUUUGACGGGACAAAUAGCCAUUAACAAGACAGACGGCCUGCGCAAAGAAUUUGAUUUAGAUGUGAUCAGCCUAAAGGAAGAUGGUUUGGAGAAGUCAAUCACGGGCAGCCGCCUGAAUAAAGUGUGGAAAAAGAUUGGUAUCUGGAACUCCCAGACAGGCCUUAAUUUAACAGAAACCAGCAGGGACUCUUCCACAAAUGUCACUGACUCAAUGGCCAAUAGGACCCUCAUUGUCACUACUAUUCUGGAAAACCCUUAUGUCAUGUAUAAAAAAUCAGAUAAGCCGCUAUAUGGGAAUGACCGCUUUGAGGGUUACUGCCUGGACCUGCUCAAAGAGCUCUCCAACAUCUUGGGCUUCUCCUAUGAGGUAAAACUGGUGUCAGAUGGAAAAUACGGAGCACAGAAUGACAAGGGGGAGUGGAACGGCAUGGUGCGAGAACUCAUCGAUCACGUGGCCGACCUCGCUGUGGCCCCUCUCACCAUCACAUACGUCAGAGAAAAGGUGAUAGACUUCUCCAAGCCCUUCAUGACACUAGGAAUCAGCAUCCUGUACCACAAACCUAACGGCACCAAUCCAGGAGUCUUCUCCUUUCUCAACCCGCUCUCUCCUGACAUCUGGAUGUACGUGUUGCUGGCCUGCCUUGGAGUCAGCUGUGUGCUGUUUGUCAUCGCCAGGUUCACGCCGUAUGAAUGGUACAACCCUCACCCCUGCAAUCCAGACUCAGAUGUGGUUGAAAACAACUUCACGCUAAUAAACAGUGUCUGGUUUGGAGUUGGAGCACUUAUGCAGCAAGGGUCCGAACUGAUGCCUAAGGCCCUUUCAACGAGGAUAGUAGGAGGAAUCUGGUGGUUCUUUACACUGAUCAUAAUCUCCUCAUACACUGCAAAUUUGGCGGCUUUCCUCACUGUGGAGAGAAUGGACUCCCCGAUCGACUCUGCAGACGACUUGGCCAAGCAAACCAAGAUAGAGUAUGGUGCAGUGAGAGAUGGGUCGACCAUGACCUUUUUCAAGAAAUCUAAGAUCUCCACCUAUGAGAAAAUGUGGGCGUUUAUGAGCAGCCGCAAGAACACAGCUUUGGUGAAGAACAACCGGGAGGGGAUUCAGAGGGUCCUCACCACAGACUACGCUCUUCUUAUGGAGUCCACCAGCAUCGAGUACAUCAGCCAGCGCAACUGCAACCUCACUCAGAUCGGAGGCUUGAUAGAUUCUAAGGGCUACGGUGUGGGGACUCCAAUUGGCUCCCCUUACAGAGACAAGGUCACCAUUGCCAUCCUGCAGCUCCAGGAAGAAGGAAAGUUGCACAUGAUGAAGGAGAAAUGGUGGCGAGGGAAUGGGUGUCCAGAGGAGGACAGCAAGGAGGCCAGCGCUCUGGGCGUAGAGAACAUAGGAGGAAUCUUUAUAGUGUUGGCAGCCGGACUAGUCCUCUCAGUUUUUGUUGCAAUCGGAGAAUUUAUUUACAAAUCCAGAAAAAACUUGGACAUUGAGGAGGUGAGUGUUGGCCAGUGUGAAUGGCACAACAAGUAUUAACAUAUUAUGGGACUCAAAGACUUUAUUGCACCUACUAUAACUUUAUCAUAUUCUUUUACAGGAUUCCAGUAAUCAGAGAGCGAAUAAAAAAGAUAAGUCUGAUUAAACUUAGAGAGACUAAAGCUGCAUUGCUACAAUCAAAAAAAGUGUUUUUUUAACACAAGGUUUUGUGUUUCAGUAGUGUUUAAUGUAGAGAACACAAAGAUGAUUGAAAGAUUACAUUAGAAUCCCAAUUUUCUGAUAAUAAAUGAUCUGAAUUGCGACACUUGACUAUCUGGGCCUUGCUAUAUUUUUCUGGAAAGCAAUGUCUCGCUGUUUUGCAUGUCAGAAGCAUUAUCGGUAUAGUGUUACAUUUUGGGUAAAUGGAGAGGAGUGAUAUCCUUUCAGACAUCUUUGCCAUAGCAGUUAGAAAAAUCGGUGAUUUUGGGAGGUUUUCCAUUUCAGCGGAGCGUCGCACAGAAACUUUGACUCACUCGCUGACUGUCGUUCGCAAACUGUUUAUAAAUGACUGUUCGUCGAAAAUCUUGUUCAUGAAGUUGGCUUGCGUGUUUCUUUUUCUUUUUGUCUAAUAAGAAGUUUAAGAAUAUGUUUGUUUAAGAUUUGUUCUGUUGAAAUUGUGUUGGAAUGACUAAAGUUGUGAGAACAUUGGA